CUCACAGCCAAUCAAAUGGCAGAAAAACGGUUACGUAACACCGACGGCUCGAGCGUUCGUGUGGUUGCCGGAGCGCCAUAUUCGCGUAAACAAAAGAAAUAAUUUCCACACACCUGUGCAGCUGUUCGCAUUCACACACAAACCGACCUCGAUAGGACACAUAAACAAAGCUAAACAAAAUGUUUAGACCUAAUUCAAGAGGCUGAGAAUACAACGAAGCUAUUUACGAUGCCUUUUCCAAUUACGAAUCAGGUGCAACCAGCUCAGGACUCCCCAAAGCAUUAUGGGAUUACUUCGCCCAUCAGCAUGGCCUUGCCGAAAGAAUCGGACCUGGUGCACGCGCAGAAACUGGUGCAGGCGCUGAAGCCUUUCAACGUGUUUGAAGAGGAGUUGGAGCUGCAACGGAGAAUCCUUGUUCUGGGAAAACUAAACACACUGGUCAAGGAAUGGAUCCAAGACAUCAGUAGAUCAAAGAAUAUACCUCCAGCAUUGAUAGAAAGCAUUGGUGGAAAAAUAUUUACGUUUGGCUCUUAUAGGUUAGGAGUCCAUACAAAAGGUGCUGAUAUAGAUGCUCUCUGUGUCGCACCUCGACACGUGGACAGGUCUGACUUCUUUACCUCUUUUUACGAGAAGUUAAAAGAGCAAGAGGACGUCAAGGACUUAAGGGCUGUCGAAGAGGCAUUUGUCCCAGUGAUUAAACUGUGCUAUGAUGGUAUUGAGAUUGAUAUCCUGUUUGCUCGGUUAGCUCUGCAGACCAUUCCUGAGAACCUGGACCUGCGGGACGAUAGUUUACUGAAGAAUCUGGAUAUCCGCUGUAUACGGAGUCUGAACGGAUGCAGGGUGACUGAUGAGAUUCUCCACCUGGUGCCCAACAUUGAGAAUUUCAGACUUACUCUUAGAGCCAUCAAACUGUGGGCUAAACGUCACAACAUAUAUUCAAAUAUCUUGGGUUUCUUGGGCGGUGUGUCGUGGGCGAUGCUGGUGGCGAGAACGUGUCAGCUUUACCCCAACGCUGUGGCUUCAACCCUCGUGUAUAAGUUCUUUCUUGUGUUUUCUAAGUGGGAGUGGCCUAAUCCAGUCCUUUUGAAGCAACCAGUUGAGUGCAACCUCAACCUGCCAGUGUGGGAUCCAAGGGUGACACCGAGUGACCGGUACCACCUCAUGCCCAUCAUCACACCAGCUUAUCCUCAGCAAAACUCCACAUACAACGUGUCUGCGUCCACCCGCAACGUCAUGGUGGAAGAGUUCAAACAGGGUCUGGCCAUUAUGGAUGAAAUAUUGCAGAACAAAGCAGACUGGGCCAAACUAUUUGAAUCUCCCAACUUCUUUCAGAAAUACAAGCAUUAUAUUGUGUUGCUAGCAAGUGCGCCUACUGAGAAGCAGCACCUCGAAUGGGUUGGCCUCGUCGAGUCCAAGAUCCGAAUCUUGGUAGGAAGCCUGGAGAAAAAUGAGUUCAUCACUCUGGCACAUGUGAACCCACAGUCGUUUCCAGGACCCAAGGAAAGCAAUAAGACGCCAGAAUGGUGCACGAUGUGGGUCAUAGGUAUCGAGUUCAGGAAAAUGGAGGGGUCCGAGCUUCUUAACGUCGACUUGACGUACGACAUCCAGUCGUUCACAGACACUGUGUACCGUCAGGCCAUCAGCAGCAAGAUGUUUGAGACUGACAUGAAAAUAACGGCGAUGCACGUGAAGAGGAAGCAGCUUCACCAGCUCCUGCCGGACCUUGUUAUCCCCAAAAGGAGAAAGCAUUCGACUGAAAGCCUGCGUGCUGUGAAUGAGAGUGGUGUGGACUUGUCUCUGGACAGUGAUAACAGCAUGUCCAUCCCCUCGCCCACCCGCACCUCCAGCGCUGCCAGGACACCCUUCUCUGCCAGUCCUCACCGCUCCACAGGGACUAGUGCCAGCUCAGAUUCUCAGGGGAAGGUGAACACCUCAGGAGGCACACAUUCUGCUGCAGUGUCUCUAUCAGAGCCUCAUGCACAGAAGAGACCAGCCUCACCUCACCAUGAAGAGAACUCCACAAAGAAGCUCCGAUUGCAGCAGCAUUUAGAUUUGAAUGAGGAAAGUGUGGACAAGGAUAACAGCACGUCCUUGCCUUCACCCACUGGCACCUCCGGGACAGCCUUCUCUGCCAGUCCUCACCGCUCCACAGGGACCAGCUCAGAUUCUCAAGGAAAGAUGGACACGUCAGUAGACACACACCCUACUGCAGCAUGUCCGUCAGAGACUGAAACCUCCAGUCCUGCUCAUAUAAAGAAGAGACCGGGCUCACCGCUCCAUGACGAGCAAGCCAAGAAGCUCAGAUUAGAGGAGGAUUCUACCUCAGAAUCAAUGGACCAGGCUGCUGAUUUUGCUGAUUUAUCUCAGGCUAGCGAUUUCUCUGCUUUAGACAGAGAGGUGAAAAUGGAGACAGAAGCAGCGGAGUCGGAUGCAGAAGGGCAGGUACCACUAUCUCAGAAAGCGUCCAGCACCGAUCUUUCCGAUGUCCCUCUUCCUCCGGCGAACCCAAUCCAAGUGGUGAAAAACUCCAUAAAGCUCAGACUGAUGAAUGUGAGCCAAGGUGCCGUAUAUGAAGAUUAUAUACAACUGCAUCCAAAAGUUCAUCAGGAUUAUAGCGUCUUAUAAAAAUGAAAUAAAAUAUAUGACAAAUAAUCUCUAAUCUGAGAUUAUACCAGUGUAAACAUCUCGUCUUGAAAAGAAGAAAGAGGGUGGCUAUGACUUCAGGUCUAACUGGUAGAUUUUUUUAUUUUUUAUUUUUUUUUUUAAGUUUGUCUUCUUUUACCUUGUAAAUCUGUUAUUAUGAAAAUAAGAUAACAAAAAUGCAUUUAUUGGCUCUGGACGUUUUCUUUUUGUAUGUCAGGAUUUUUAUUACUAAUCUGAAAAUCAGUGAUGCAUAUUUAAAUGCAUUUCGAUCUCGCAUUAUUAGUACAUAAGCCCAAACAUUUUCUGUCGUAAGCUCACGGCCGUGAUGAGAUGGAAAUCGGAGCAGUAGCAUAUGAAGCUUGGAAUUAAUGAUAGUUUUUGAAGCAGAAGGAUUUAGUUGAUUCAUGAGAUGUGCACAGGCUUUUCUUAUUCAAUCUUUCACUGAUACGUUAAGAGAUUUGUUUGUCUUAAUUAUCUUUGUAAAUUGUGUGGCGACGCAACAGUACAGCUGCUCGAGGAACGCUGUUUAUUCCACUAUGUGCAAAAGCAAAAAUCUUUGGUUCCGUCAUAUCCUCAGUUCUUACUUCUCUUCUCGCAGGCUUAUUUGUAAAAACAAACUGUUGUAUUUUUUUUUUUCACAAAUAAAGGUCUAUAAAAUUACAAA